AUGCAGCCCAUCGUCAAUGUUCUGUUGGAUUCUUUUCCCGGCUUGUCGCUCCCACCUACGGUUUGCCUGCCUCUGCCAGCCUCAUGCACUGCCGCGGAGCUCUUAGAUACUAUUGCUGCCCUCCUGCCUUCAAGUCUCCUACAAAGCAACCGUCUUGUAAUUACCUCCACGUCGAACCGACCGAUCUAUGCAUCCUCUACUACCACAGUCGCCGAUCUCAGCGCGUCAUCAUCAUGUCGCCAGACCUCCAGCACUGCAAUCCUUCCCCUCCGCCUUUCUGCCUCGUUAAUCGGCGGAAAGGGUGGUUUUGGAUCUCAGCUCAGGGCUGCAGGAGGGCGCAUGUCUUCGCGAAAGAAGCGCCAGAAUGCAGAACUUGCCACCGGCAGUGCUCGUAACCUGGAUGGUCGGAGGCUGCGGACGAUCACCGAGGCCAAGAACCUGGCCACAUAUCUUGCCACCAAGCCGGAGAUGGAUCGGAAAGAAAAGGAGGAGCGGCGCAAGCGAUGGGAACAGAUAAUUGAGUUGGCCGAGCAGAGGGAGGCCGAUAUGCGAGCCGGAAAAGGUCCCGACGGUCGACGAAAAGGGCUCAGCGAUGAAUGGGUUGAAGAAAAGGAGGAGGUCGGGGAAAACGUUAGGAAUGCAGUGAAGGCGGCCAUGUUGGCUGAGCAGGGGCAGGAGAAACACGCGGAGCUCUCAACACAAGAUGCAGAAAGCAGUGGGAGCGGAGGUUCUGCCACUGGGAGCGGAGGUUCUGCCACUGGGAGCGGAGGUUCUGCCACUGGGAGCGGAGACGACAGCGAUGCAGAAGACCUGAUGGAGUUGGACGAGGACGAAAUGGCCCGGUUGAGAAUGGAAGCCGAGGCUGGAGAUGCAGACGCGAUCUGGGUUUUGCAACAUAAGCUCAACAUACCGUCUCAUCUUCUGCCAAAGCCCAAACAACCCAUCAGGCGUUUUGCUGGUUUUGAUGACGAGGAAGAUGACAUUUCGAGCAGCGAGGACGACGAGGCACAGCAGCGGCACGGCAAAGGAAAGCAGAAAGAUGACUCUGCAUGA